CUCGGGAAUGUCGUGUUGCCGCCCAGCGCGACUGACAAAUGCGCGCGUCUGGUUCGCCUUUGGGCGUGCGCUCAUAAUGUGGGGUAGAUCGGUCUCCAAUGAGCCGAGGUGAGAUAGCCGUGUCCCAUACCUAUCGCUAGCAGUCCCGAUGGCCAUGCCAGCUUUGAUCCUUAUCCCCGGCUUCUCUUCCGACUCUCCCUCUACUUAUCCUCCGAUUCCUUCUCUUCCGAACUCUCGUCACCAUCUGCUGCACCAGCCAUGAACCGCGACAGCAACGACACCCAGGCCGUCAAGCUCAAUGGAGCCGAGGUCGCCAAGCACAACUCCCGCGAUAGCUGCUGGGUCAUCGUCCACGGCCGCGCCUACGAUGUGACCGAGUUCCUGCCCGAGCACCCCGGUGGGCCCAAGAUCAUCCUCAAGUAUGCCGGCAAGGAUGCCACCGAAGAGUAUGAGCCCAUUCACCCUCCGGACACCCUCGAGAAGUUCCUCGACAAGUCCAAGCACCUGGGCGAGGUCGACAUGAACACUGUCGAGAAGGAAGAGAAGGGCGACGACCCGGAGGAGGAGCAGAGGCAAGAGAUGAUCAAGCGCAUGCCCAUCUUGGAGCAGUGCUACAAUCUGCUGGACUUUGAGGCAGUGGCCAGGAAGGUCAUGAAGAAGACGGCGUGGGCAUACUACUCCAGUGGCGCCGACGAUGAGAUUACACUGCGCGAGAACCACUCUGCUUUCCACAAGAUAUGGUUCAGGCCACGGAUCCUCGUCGACGUGGAGAAAAUUGACUUUUCUACCACCAUGUUGGGCACGAAAGUCGAUAUCCCCUUCUACGUAACUGCUACGGCUCUUGGAAAGCUCGGCAACCCCGAAGGAGAAGUAGUCCUUACGCGGGGCGCGAAGAAGCACAAUGUCAUUCAGAUGAUUCCCACGCUUGCAUCAUGUUCGUUCGACGAGAUUAUGGACGCGGCAGAGGCACCACAGGUGCAAUGGCUGCAACUUUAUGUCAACAAAAACCGGGACAUCACUAAGAAGAUCGUGCAACACGCCGAAGCACGCGGCUGCAAGGGUCUUUUCAUCACAGUGGAUGCGCCACAACUAGGCCGCCGCGAGAAGGACAUGCGCAGCAAGUUCAGCGACGUCGGUUCCAACGUGCAAUCCUCAUCAGGCGACGACGUCGACCGCUCGCAAGGCGCCGCGCGCGCCAUCUCUUCCUUCAUCGACCCCAGCCUAUCCUGGAAAGACAUCCCCUGGUUCCUCUCCAUCACCAAGAUGCCCAUCAUCCUAAAGGGCGUGCAAAGCGUCGAAGACGUGCUGAAGGCGGUUGAGGCCGGUGUCCACGGCGUCGUGCUCUCGAACCACGGUGGCAGACAGCUCGACUUUGCGCGCUCGGGCGUCGAGGUACUGGCCGAGGUGAUGCCCGAGCUGCGUAAGCGCGGCUGGGACAAGAAGAUCGAGGUGUACAUUGACGGCGGCGUGCGGCGCGCCACGGACAUCAUCAAGGCGCUGUGCCUAGGUGCCAAGGGCGUCGGCAUCGGUCGGCCGUUCUUGUACGCCAUGUCGGCGUACGGCCUGCCUGGUGUGGACCGCGCGAUGCAGCUGCUCAAGGAUGAGAUGGAGAUGAAUAUGCGCCUUAUUGGCUGCUCGAGCAUUGAUCAGCUUAACCCGAGCUUAAUAGAUACGAGGGCUUUGAGCAUGCACACGACGGGCGUGCCGGGCGAUACGUUGAGCAUGAAUGUUUAUGACCCGCUUGUUGGGCCGAAGGAGAAGAUUGUUGCGAAGUUGUAAAUGGUAGGGUUGGAGUGUUUGGGUUUUUGAUAUUGAGAUGAUGGGAUAUUGCGUUCUUGCAUUAAAGUCUUUUAGAGCGGAAUUUACUGUUCAUAGGAGAAGGCGGGUGUGUUGAGUAUAUCUGUUUAAAUUUUCUUGACUUGCGCGGUCAUAACUAAAGGUGAAUCGAACACGCCAGAUACGAACACGCG